AAAACGUUAGCUUGUUCCAUGUGCGUAUUCUUUAGGCUUCAAUUCGAAUCCUGAGAAACAUAUAUCAGGAUAAGAUUAGCCAAAUUCGGGUCGACCCGUUGGUCGUAGCGGAUUCCGCCGCCAAAGCCUCCUUGGACGAUCCAUCUUCAAUCAUCAGUCUAGAAAGCGGAGGAUAUGUCAAGCUCAAACAUGGAGAAGGAGCAAGAGAUUUGUGAUGCUAAUCUUCAAGACCAAGUUGUUGGUGGUGAAGAGCUCAAAGCUUCUGAUCAAAAUGGUGAAAACGCCAUGGCCAUGCCUUCCCCUCAACAAGAGGAGGAAGUGGUGAAGAAAAAAUAUGGGGGUAUUUUACCAAAGAAGAAACCUUUGAUAUCUAAGGAUCAUGAGCGUGCAUUCUUUGAUUCUGCUGAUUGGGCAUUGGGAAAGCAAGGAGCAGGAAAGCCUAAAGGUCCACUUGAAGCUCUCCGCCCAAAGUUGCAGCCCUCCCCACAUCACAACCAAGUGCGUUUGAGGCGAUCAGCUUAUGCUCCUGCAGACGAUUGUGAUGCAGUUGAUGGUGGGAAUAACCAUACAUCUUCUGAGGAUGAGAACAACACAAUGGAAGCUGGGGAUGAUAAGAACACUGGCCAUGGGGACCAGAGCUGCCAUAACUAGACGCACAUAUUGGAGUUGGACCAACUGAGAUUGUACCUUUGUUUCAUUUUUCUCUCAAUCGGAGAUUUAUAAGGUGCUCAUAUAAUAAAUUACAAAUGUUGCUGAGCCUUUUUUAAUCAGUAAUUAAACAGAGCCAAAAGAAAAAAGUAUGCGAUAGUCAUCGUUGGUUGUAUUCAUUUUAACCAUAAAUGCAAUAGUUGGUAUGAAGAAUUUCUUAAUGCUUUUUUU